AUGGACACAUCACCGCAGGGGGGCUCGAACAGUGUCACCGUCGAGUACACCGAUCCAUCCGGCCUAUUCCCGCUAGUUCAGCCCAUCAUCGAAACUAAGCUACCAUUGCGGAAUCUCCACUGGAAUUCCCCGAACCGCCCAAUUCGUUCCAUCGAGUCGCUCCGCAUCAGAUUCGUCCCUGCCACCGGUAAUGAACCCUCCGAACGUAAACCGUCCAGCGAUGCUGCGACGGGUCCAGUCACAUACCGCAGACACCAGAUCCCCGGCCUCCGCCAGACGCCGUACUUGAAGAUCUACCUCCUCCGUUGCGACGAUAAUGAUACCUACAAGGCAUCCGCGAGGAAAGCACUGCGGGAAUGGAUCAAGACAAACGCGCCGACGUCGCAGUCCAGCUCUGCAACAGCUAGCAACCAGGAAAAUCAUGAUGCCUUUGAGUGGCUGGUUUUGCACGUCGUGCAAGACGGUGAUGGCCUGGAGAAGACCGUAUCAGCAUCGAAAUGGCCCGGUCGGAACACUACGACUGUCUUUGAGAAGAUCAAGGCAGAUUUCAACCCGUCGUCCAAGUCGUCCAUUGACCGUGUCGCGCAACUACGUCUUCCGAAGCCCGAGGUGAAGAGAUCGCCAGAGUUCGCGGAGCAGCUGGAGGAACUAGUGGAGAAAAUGAAAAAUGCGAUCCUGGCGUCCUUUGAUCUACGCGUUGCGCAGUACGAGGAGGAUAUUAAAGAGAAGGAUUCCCAGCGGAGUCUUCCUGGCUGGAACUUCUGUACCUUUUUCAUUCUGAAGGAGGGUCUUGCGAGGGGUUUCGAGAAUGUAGGCCUCUUUGAGGAUGCCUUAAUAGGGUAUGACGAACUGUCUGUUGGCUUGGAUGCCGCGAUCCGGGAACAGCUUUUUGAGACGAAUGGCCAGCGUGCUGGUGCAUUGUUGAUGUCUAGCAAGGAGUGGAGAGAAAAGGCGAUACGGGCUUUGGAGUCUUUGUCUGUUGAUUCGGACAAACCUAAACCUAGGGAUGAAGUGGAACGAAAAGACACUGAAAUGCCGGUACUUGACCCUGAGGAUUUCCCUCUCAAUUCAGACAGAAAGCCAUACCGGGAUAUGAUUCUGGCAAACGAUAUAUCCAUCUUCGACUUCCGCGCCUAUCUCUUUUCCCGACAACUAACCCUAUUGCUCCGGGCGGCUAGGGCCCCGUCGUUGGCUCCGAAAGGAACUGAAGAAAGUCAGGGGCCGCAGAGAAACAAGAAGAAACCCGAAGAUUUGAUGCUCCUUUCUGAGGUAUGUGAGCGAGCUACGGAGUUUAUUGCUAUUGCCGCACGCACGCUCAGAUACGACUUGGAAUGUGGCUUGGAGGGCGUGGACGACUCAGCGAAGACAGACGUGAUAAAUAACCUGGUAUCUUCGUGGUCAUUCCUUGCUACUUCUCAGAUCAUCAGUCAGACUGCCACUCCGCUCCUCACAAUUCCUGCAUCUCCCCUGCAUGCCGCCAUGGCAGAAGCCAGGCCGGAUGUUCCCAGACGCUCUAGCUCACUGCUAUCUCCACCGUCCUCCCGCCCUCGUCCGACAAGUCAAGAAAUUGUGGGGGCCGAAUUUCACAAACCUGUGAACAAGACAUGGUCAACGGUGGUCCAGAAGACCGGAUCUGAACAGCUAGCUUCUGGAAGAGGCCAGUUAUUUUUCUUAGCACGACGAUUUUUGGACGAGAUUGCCGGACGAUGCGGCUGGACGGAGAAGUGGAAUGAGCAUGAGCUUGGCCUUCUUUUCGCUGAUAAAGAUCGUAGUGAAGGUGAUUUGAAGGAAGUAUCCCUGGAGGAUGAUGGUGGUGACGGUGCCCAGGAAGUCGUGUCAUCGACGCCGGAACCCAAGAAGGUUUUUCCUUUAAGCUGCAUUGACAUACCUAUCUUAACGGCGACAUUUGAAUCGAAGGAGGCCUAUUUCUCUUUAUACGAGGAAUUAACCGACCAAAUGUUUCGUCAUUUCGUCACAGCAAACCGCACUCAUUCAGCUGAGAUGGCCGUUGCCGAUAUAGCUUUCUUGAGAUUCCGACAGGCAGACUACGCCACCGCUGCUACUUACUUCCACCAAAUCUCACCUUUCUACGGCAACAACCACUGGGUCGUUCUAGAAGGAGCCAUGCUGGAGAUGUACGCGCGCUGUUUGAAGGAACUGAAAAAGAACGAGGAACACGUCCGUGUUAUGCUUCGCCUACUUGCAAAGUUUGCUGCGUACGAUCAGGCAAAACUGAGCAAUAGGGCAAAAGCUCUAGGUUUAUCAUCUACGUUUUCCGAAGAAGCAUUGGUUUCGAAGUACGUCGAGGAGCUAUUUGAGACGGCGAAUUCCCUUCCCAAGGAAAUUUCUGUGCCUCUCUCCGACUUCUUUGCGGAUUUGCAUAUUAAUCCGGCUGUUAUUCAUUACGGGGAUAGAGACGGGUUUCAGAUGCAGUUGGCUUUACGAUAUUUGCUGGGAAAACAGAUCAGUAUUGAUUCUAUUAAGAUUCGUCUUGUCAAUGCUCUUCAUUCACAAAAUAAUGAACACUGGCUGGAAAAUUCCAGGAAGUUUGUCAUCAAGCCUUCCUCGACAAAAAUUUUGAUAGACUCCUCGAUGACACUUCAGGGAAAGUAUCUUGUCGACCGCAUUGAGAUGCGAGCAGGUAAUAUUGCCUUCACAAUAAGCGGUGGAAAUUUUUCUACAAUCGCUUUAGGCUAUAGGGAUAUGGUAGAUUCCAACGAUGGAGAUAAUCGACCGCAUAUCCACUGCUAUGCUGCACCAGAUGGGCUUCAAGCUAAAAUAGUCACUCCUCAUCUUAUCAACUUGGACGAUAUGCGAACACUUGAAGUUGAAUUUAACAGCGGACGCAACGAUAUCAAGACAGGAACUAUUCGAGUGCGUCCAGCUACUGCUGGUCUCCGUCUGAGGGUUGCCGAAGCUAAGGUGGUGGAUGGGGAUAUCAAAGUCAAUACCAACAACGAGUCUGGGAACAUUGAAUUUACCCAAUUUGGCCCCAGGUCAUUUGCCAGGUUCAGGAUACCCUAUACGGUUGAUGAGAAUCACAGUACGCUCUCUGCAAGAUUGGAGGUGACGUAUGAAACUGCCCAGGGGCGAUUCUCCUAUUCGUCGGUCUACAACAUCCUUUCAGCACUCCCUAUUAGUGUCAAUGUGCAGGACAUCUUCAAGGAGGAUGCACUCUUUUCCCGGUUCACAGUCAGCCCGGCCACGAUGACCCCGCUUCGGAUACUAGGCUGCCGCAUUCCCAGUUCAGAGGUCUUUGAAGUCCAACCCAGCAUCCCGGAAUCGACAGCAAUGGAUGUGUUCCCGAAGCAGCCAGCCUCUUUAGUCUACAAGAUCAGACAGCGGGAAGAGAAAGCAAAGAGAACAACGCCCAAGAGCCCUCUGCUGCUUACCAUCGAGUUUACUUGCGUGGACGACGAGAGCCUGGAUGCAAUUGAAAGGAAAUUUCGGUCAGACAUAGAGAAGAGUAAGUUCCGGCAGUACACAUCUUUACUUUCCUCCCAUAUUGUGCAGACGGUCAGAACACGGCUAUCUGCUUCUGAUAUGGAGGUUAUUGGUCUCGUCCGAGAGAUUGAAAUGCUGCCUUAUCAAAGUCUUCAGUGGGAAAGCCUCCUGGGCUCUUUAGAGGAGCCAAGAGAAGAGAUUAGGAAAUGGCUAAUAAAGUGGCACGAGGAUAAUCACACGAUUGCCCUUCCUGAAAAUCCAUCCAUCCUCAAAAGACGCCUCGUAAUCCCACUGGAUAUCCAAAGCAUCCAAGUCGUCUGCACAGCCGAACUGCGCCUGCACGGUCUAGCCGCACAACCCACCCACGCAGCAGUCGGGCAAAUGAUUGCCGCAGAACUCCAUCUCCGUCAUACCCGUCGAUGGGGUUCACAAGAAGCCCAGGAAACCUCAGACCAACCACUCGAAUUUACGUACGACAUCUACUCAAAUCCAGACUUGUGGCUGAUCGGUGGGAGAAAACGGGGCAACUUCACCGCCGUCGAAGGCGAGACUAAGACCUUUUCAGUCAUGCUCCUUCCUCAAAAGGCCGGACAUCUCCUUGUGCCCGGGUUGGAAAUUAAGGUAUUUGAACCAUUGUCAUCGUCUGGAACGAGUCAGAAUGCGGAUGAUUCUUCUUUCGCUUCUUCAACAGCUGGUACCGCUGAUGGGCCUGGUGGUUUACCGUCUCAUUUACAGAGGAGACCGGUUGCAUGCGAGGUCGAUUAUCGGAACCAUGGAGAGACGCUGUUGGUAAUUCCUGAUCUGAGGAAGACGACGGUUAGUCUUUCCCCUUCUGGGGGACAACCUGGUUCGGGAUCGUGGCUUGUUGAUUCGGAGAGGAGGCAAGGUCAGAUGGUGUAGUUUUUUUUUUUUUUUUUGAUCUUUAUAUUCAGUAUUCGAUUUGACGAGAUGGAAGCUGUAUGCAUGUAUUAUAUAUAGUCGUACGUCACUGAAGCUUUUUGGAUGAAAACAAU